AUGCAGAGCCAGAGCAGCAGGGCUGCUACACAGGAGUACCCGAACCCUUUCAUUCAUGAGCUGAAGCUGACCAAGGCACAGUGGAUCAAGUUCCACCCGAUCCUGUGGCUGCUGGGCCGUGCAGUGUUCUUCUGCGUGGGCUUCCAUUGGGUUAAGGUGAAAGGUCGUAAGGCGGAUGUGAAGGAGGCGCCGAUCCUGGUAGUGGCGCCCCACAGCAGCUUCUUGGACAUGGUGAUCAUGUUUCCAGCCGGGGUGCCGUCAGUUGUGUCGCGGUCGGAAAACAUAAACCUGCCGGUCAUAGGAGCUCUGCUGGAGUGCAAUCAGUCUGUUCUUGUGAGCAGGAGGGAUCCUGAGUCCAGGAAAGAAGCCAUCUCAGAGCUAAAGAAGAGGGUCACCUCCGAGGGAUCCUGGCCUCAGAUACUGAUGUUUCCUGAAGGAACCACAACUAAUGGCCGCUGUCUGCUCAGAUUCAAGACUGGUGAGUUAAAUCUACACACAGAGACAAAGAAAACACAUGCUGUGAGAAAAUGCGUCACUCAGACUGAUGCUAAACAGUUCAAUGCAAGCUUUUCUCUGACUCUCCCUCAGGAUACUAUUCGCUGGACAUACAAAGGAAGCAACUGGUUUCAGGUGCUGUUUCACACGCUUUCACAGCCGUACACCAAGAUCACUAUUGAGUUCCUGCCGGUUUACACUCCGUCCGAGGAGGAGAAGAAGAACUCCAGACUGUUUGCAGGCAACGUUCAGAAAGUCAUGGAUGACACUGUGGACCUCAGACACAUCUACUUCAAUAUGGCAGCCCUUAUCGGACAUGUGGACGAGAUCUCUCUGUUUCACUCUGCUUUCGCUGCGUUCGACAGAGAGGGCAGAGGCAGUCUGACUAAAGAGGAGCUGACGGAGCUCAUGGGAGCACUGCUGGGUGUUCCUCAGCAGAGCACCGAGGAGCUCUACGACACUGCCACCGAGGACCAGGAGCAGCUCACUGAAGAGAGCUUGCUGCUCGUGUUGACAACCCACCCGAUAUAUCAGAAAGUGACGAAGGAGAUCCUGCAGCCCAAGAAAUCGCCAUCCGCCAACGGGACGUCUGUGAACAACAACAGAAGCCUCCUGAACAGCUCCGUUAAUGAGGACAAGAAGUCCGAAUGAUGAUCUCCUCUCUGUAAUUGGACCUUCUUUGUGUUUCCCCAGAGUGCACGAUGGCAGCUUUUAAGUCUUUUUUUUUCCAGCUGUUAUGUUUCAAAAAGUGUUACAUAUCCUAUUAGUCUGCACCGACACAGAAAAGCCAAAAAAAGAACCUCUGAGGCUUAAAGUUAGUCUGAGUGAUGCUGCUGUGGCCCUCUGAGGUGUGAGGACAGCUCCUGUUUUUUUUUUCAUCCUCAUCGUGUACAGUCACUGUCAUUUGUAUUUAUAACCUUUCCACUGUGUUUUAGUAACUUUUGUGUGGUUAAAGGGAUGAUGAUGAUGAUGAUGAUGAUAGUAAUAAUGAUAAAUGCAUGUGCAAAAACAAAGUAUACUCUGGAAGAUUUAUUCUGUGUGAAUGAACCGUGUUUACAUUUGA